AUUUCGUAAUAUCGCAAAAAUGACAGAUCAUAGCAAGAAGGAUAGCGAUGCCAAGGCAGCAAUGCCGUUUAAUCCCAUGGUUAUGAACAUGAUGCCCGGAGGAGUGCUUCCUCCGUUUCCAAUGAACGGACCAUUUCCUCCCGCGAUCCUAAUGCAAGGUGCCCCGAAUGCAAAUAAGAAACGAGUGAGAUCACGACGCAAGGGUGAUAACGGAAUGCGUCGUGGUAUGGAUGCAGGAGCAACUACUGCUGAAUCGGAUACUAGGACAGACAACAAAAGAGCUGAUAAAAGGUCGUUCAUAGCAACACGUGGUAGAGAACGUGUACAAAACGAUUACAACCAGAGGUUUGUUGACACUGGAGAACGACCGCAAAAUUUUGUUCGAGACGUUGGUGAAGGUAAGCGCUUUGGCGAAUACCCGAAGCUUGACCGAUUAUCAAACCUUAAACGUGAAAUAAUAACCAAGCGUGCAACUCCAGCGAGGUAUAUAAGCGCCGAUCUGCGCACAUUUGACUUUGAUAGUCUACGCGUCUUAUUCGACGUGGUUCUCAUCAACCCGCCCUGGCGUACACCGCGCAUGAAAGCGUUGAAACAAAAUUUUGGUUGGACACUGGACGAUUUAAUAGAACACGUUCCAGUCGACAAAAUAGUCGACGCUAUGUCCUUCUGCUUUAUAUGGUGUGAUUACUACUCACUGGACGAUGCCCGUGCGGCGUUGCGCCAUUGGGGCUUCAGAAAGUGCGAAGAUAUUUGCUGGCUAAAGACUAACGCUACUUGGAGUAACACAAACGCGGACAGCGCAUUCAAAAUGCGCAACAAUGCCCCCGGAGAACACCAGGGGCUGCUUCACAAAACUACUGAACGAUGCUUAGUUGGAUUGCGAGGACCCAUACGCCGUAACGAAGAUGAUUACUUUGUGCACUCCAACCUGGAUACCGAUGUGAUAAUAGCAGAGGAACGUGACCCACGUGAAAGUCUAGAGAUGGAGCUGAACCUGCGCAUAAACGAUAACGAAGAUAUCCAGAUGCAAAUGGAUCGAUACCUUACCAAAAAAAACACCAAGCCGCAAGAAAUAUUUGACAUAAUCGACCGCUUUUGCCUGGGUAGGCGGAAAUUAGAGUUGUUUGGCAGCGACGAUAGCAUUCGUAACGGAUGGGUCACCGUAGGACCUGCAGUAACCAGUACCAACUACAACGCCGAUGAAUUGCUCAAGUGGACCAGUGGAAAUGGAUGCUGGCCCCAAGUACAGGACCACCGUGGCGGCCGCUUGAUGGGCACUUCAGAGGAAAUUGAAAACCUGAGGCCCAAAUCACCUGCAAAGCUAACAGGGAAGGAAGCAGCUGAAUCACGCGAUAACAUGGUGUAAUGUAGUACCUAUUGCAAAGAGUUGAUCCACUGUGAAUACCUUUUUUAGUAACACACAUGGUAUAAUGCUUCUCUACUGCCCCAUC